ACUCUCCCUCCCCCUACCUCCCCCACACUGGGCCCCGUCAGCCCAAGGGUUCCUUCGUCGCUUAGCUUCGCGUCGGCCCGGCCCGGCCCGGCCCGGCCCGGCCAGCGGGCAGAUGCUCCGAGCUGCCGCUGCCGACGCCGCCGACUCGGCCGGUGGCGGUGUGGGAGGCGGGCGUCCGGCCCCGGGCCGCUGAGUGUGACGGACGGGGCCGGGGGCCGCCGGGCGCCGCGGCGUCGGCGGCUCCGCGCGGACCAUGUAUUUCCUGAGCGGCUGGCCCAAGAGGCUGCUGUGCCCUCUGGGGAGCCCGGCCGAGGCGCCUAUCCACGUUCAGUCCGACCCCCAGAGGACUUUCUUCGCCGUGCUGGCCCCGGUCCGCCUCAGCAUCUGGUACAGCCGCCCUAGUGUGUUAAUUGUAACCUACAAGGAACCUGAAAAAUCAUCUUCUCAGUUUGGAUUCUACAAACAAGCUGAAUGGAGGCCAGAUAGUACCAUGAUAGCUGUGUCAACUGCAUAUGGCUACAUCUUGUUUUUUCAUAUUACAUCUACAAGAGGGGACAAGUACCUUUAUGAACCAGUGUAUCCCAAAGGAAGUCCACAAAUGAAGGGGACACCCCAUUUUAAGGAAGAACAGUGUGCUCCAGCAUUAAAUUUAGAAAUGAAGAAAAUACUGGAUUUGCAAGCACCCAUCAUGAGUUUGCAGUCCAUGCUCGAGGAUCUCCUCGUUGCUACUUCUGAUGGACUUCUUCAUCUUAUUCACUGGGAAGGAAUGACAAACGGAAGGAAAGCUAUUAAUCUUUGCACAGUACCCUUUUCAGUAGAUCUGCAGUCGUCUAGAGCAGGCUCAUUCCUGGGUUUUGCAGAUGUGCACAUCAGAGACAUGGAAUACUGUGCCACACUUGAUGGAUUUGCUGUUGUGUUUAACGAUGGUAAAAUUGGAUUUAUUACUCCAGUGUCAAGUAGAUUUACUGCAGAGCAGCUCCAUGGAGUUUGGCCACAAGAUGUUGUUGACGGAACUUGUGUAGCAGUAAAUAACAAGUACCGACUCAUGGCGUUUGGUUGUGCAAGUGGUUCUGUACAGGUCUAUACAAUAGAUAACACCACUGGAGCUAUGCUGCUGUCUCAUAAACUAGAGCUAACAGCAAAGCAAUAUCCUGAUAUUUGGAACAAAACAGGAGCUGUUAAAUUGGUCAGAUGGUCUCCUGACAAUAGUGUUGUAAUAGUGACCUGGGAAAAUGGAGGCCUAUCUUUAUGGAGUGUGUUUGGAGCCCAGCUGAUUUGUACACUCGGAGGAGACUUUGCUUACAGGUCUGAUGGUACCAAAAAAGAUCCCCUUAAGAUCAACUCUAUGAGCUGGGGUGCAGAAGGCUAUCACCUCUGGGUAAUCAGCGGAUUUGGUGCUCAAAGUACUGAAAUUGAGUCUGACUCCAAGAGUAUAGUUAAACAGCCUGGCAUUCUGCUAUUUCAGUUUAUCAAGAGUGUACUCACUGUAAACCCUUGUAUGAGUAACCAGGAGCAAGUGCUGCUUCAGGGGGAGGAUCGAUUGUACUUGAACUGUGGGGAGGCCUCACAAACCCAGCACGCCAGGGGUUCCUCGGUGCACCCUGAGCAUAAGGCUGCUGGGGCCAAAAGCCCCUUUGCAGAUAGCGGUGUAGAGUCUCAGGGUUUAAGCACUUUGCUUGGACAUCGGCAUUGGCAUGUGGUGCAGAUUUCCAACACCUAUCUAGAGAGCAAUUGGCCUAUACGGUUUUCAGCUAUUGAUAAGCUUGGACAGAAUAUUGCUGUGGUUGGCAAGUUUGGUUUUGCACAUUACUCUUUACUCACCAAAAAAUGGAAACUUUUUGGAAACAUUACCCAGGAGCAAAAUAUGAUUGUGACUGGUGGCUUAGCCUGGUGGAAUGAUUUUGUUGUCCUGGCAUGUUAUAACAUAAGUGACCAUCAAGAAGAGCUCAGAGUUUAUUUGCGAACAUCAAAUCUGGACAAUGCCUUUGCUCACAUCACCAAAGCACAAGCAGAAACAUUACUGCUCAGUGUCUUCCGGGACAUGGUAAUAGUAUUUAGAGCCGACUGUUCAAUAUGCCUUUACAGUAUUGAAAGAAAAUCUGAUGGUCCCACCACUACAGCUGGUAUUCAGGUUCUUCAAGAAGUCUCCAUGUCGCGCUACAUUCCUCACCCUUUCCUCGUGGUGUCUGUCACUCUGACAUCAGUGAGCACAGAGAAUGGGAUCACCCUGAAAAUGCCACAGCAGGCUCGUGAUGCAGAGAGCAUUAUGCUAAAUCUCGCAGGACAGCUCAUCAUGAUGCAGAGGGACAGAUCGGGGCCUCAGAUCCGGGAGAAGGACAGUCACCCUAACCAAAGGAAGCUUCUGCCAUUCUGUCCUCCCGUUGUCCUGGCCCAGUCCGUUGAAAAUGUCUGGACCACGUGCCGAGCAAAUAAACAAAAGCGUCACCUUCUGGAGGCCCUGUGGCUGAGCUGUGGAGGUGCAGGGAUGAAAGUUUGGCUCCCUCUCUUCCCCAGGGAUCACCGCAAGCCCCAUUCCUUCUUGUCCCAGCGGAUCAUGCUGCCUUUCCACCUCAAUAUUUACCCCCUGGCUGUUCUGUUUGAAGACGCGUUGGUCCUCGGCGCCGUCAAUGACACUUUGCUCUAUGAUGCUUUGUACACGCGGAACAGCGCUCGGGAGCAGCUGGAGGUGCUCUUCCCUUACUGUGUCGUGGAGAGGACCUCCCAGAUCUACCUCCACCACAUUCUGCGUCAGCUGCUGGUCAGGAACCUUGGCGAGCAGGCCUUGCUCUUGGCCCAGUCCUGCGCUGCGUUACCUUACUUCCCUCACGUGCUGGAGCUCAUGCUCCACGAAGUGCUGGAGGAAGAAGCUACCUCACGGGAACCCAUCCCCGACCCUCUGCUUCCCACUGUGGCAAAAUUCAUCACCGAGUUCCCCCUCUUCCUGCACACGGUUGUUCAUUGUGCCAGGAAGACUGAAUACGCCCUGUGGAAUUACCUUUUUGCAGCCGUUGGAAACCCCAAGGACUUGUUUGAGGAAUGCUUGAUGGCUCAGGACUUGGACACAGCUGCCUCUUACCUUAUUAUCUUACAGAAUAUGGAAGUUCCGGCAGUAAGUAGGCAACAUGCUACCCUUCUGUUCAACACAGCCCUGGAACAAGGCAAGUGGGACCUAUGUCGACACAUGAUUCGAUUCCUUAAAGCCAUUGGCUCUGGAGAAUCUGAGACCCCUCCAUCCACACCUACAGCUCAGGAACCCAGUUCAAGUGGUGGAUUUGAGUUCUUCAGGAAUCGAAGCAUCAGUUUGUCCCAGUCAGCUGAGAAUGUUCCUGCUAGUAAAUUCAGCUUACAGAAAACACUGAGUAUGCCAUCCGGCCCUUCUGGGAAAAGAUGGAGCAAAGACAGUGACUGUGCUGAGAACAUGUACAUUGACAUGAUGCUCUGGAGACACGCCCGGCGUCUCUUAGAAGAAGUUCGGCUGAAGGACCUCGGCUGCUUUGCAGCCCAGCUGGGCUUUGAACUCAUCAGUUGGCUGUGCAAGGAGCGCACCCGAGCCGCGCGGGUGGACAACUUUGUGCUGGCCCUGAAGAGACUCCACAAAGACUUCCUGUGGCCACUUCCCAUCACCCCAGCCUCUUCUGUCAGCUCUCCUUUCAAGAAUGGAAAAUACCGAACAGGAGAGCAGCUGCUGAAGUCUCAGUCAGCGGACCCUUUUCUAAACCUCGAGAUGGACGCUGGGGUCUCUACUGUACAACGAAGUCAGAGCUGGCUUGGCAGCAUCGGCCCCGCCCACCAUGAGAUAGACACGGCCUCAUCCCAUGGACCACAAAUGCAAGACGCCUUCCUGUCACCUUUAUCUACUAAAGGUGAUGAAUGCAGUAUUGGUUCAGCCACAGAUUUGACGGAAAGUAGCUCCAUGGUGGAUGGAGACUGGACAAUGGUGGAUGAAAACUUCUCCACACUCAGUUUAACUCAGUCGGAGCUGGAGCACAUCUCCAUGGAGUUGGCCAGUAAGGGGCCUCAUAAAUCCCAGGUCCAGCUUCGGUACUUGCUGCACAUGUUCAUGGAGGCAGGGUGUCUAGACUGGUGCAUCGUCAUAGGCCUGAUUCUCCGAGAAUCCUCAGUAAUCAGCCAGAUCCUGCUGCUCAUCCAGUCUUCGGAGGUGGAUGGAGAGAUGUUACAGAACAUAAAGACAGGGCUACAUGCGGUAGACCGAUGGGCCUCUACGGAUUGUCCUGGAUAUAAGCCAUUCUUAAACAUCAUUAAGCCACAAGUCCAGAAGUUCAGUGAGCUGACAGAGGAGCAGGUCCAGCCUGAAGCCUUCCAGCCAAUAACUACGGGUAAGACUCCUGAACACACUGGGCCCCGGGCAGAGGAAAGCCGGGGCCCCUCGGGCCACGGAAGCCUCCCCCAGGGCGAGGUCGGAGGCAGCGGUCUGGUCGGCAGGAACGAGGAGCACGCAGCCCGAGCAGAGGAGGAUGGAUCCUUUCAAGACGGGACUUACGACUGUUCUGUGUCCUAACGGCAGCGGCGUGCCAUCACCACGGGCAGUGUUAACUUGCAGCAGCACGUGCAGCUGAGGCACCUGGCCUAGCUGGACGACUUAACCAGGGAGAGGACUCAGAGACUCUGGUGAGGUAUUACUGAAUGCUGACUCUUCCUCUUCUAGGAAACCUGACUCCAUAAAAAUGUGAUAUCAAACCCUUUUUCACAAAAGUUUUUAAGCUGCAGUGGAAAGUAAUAAAGAGCACUGUACAGUUGUACGUGGGAAUAUUUUGAUUUUAUUCGUAAAGAAUGGUAGCUCCUAAACCUUGGGAUUGUUUUGCCCUAGACGAGCCUACUUUUUCACUACUUAACAGCUUCUUACGUGUUUUCUGGUUCAGCGUGUGUCCAGACUGCUUUUUAAAAUUAAAUGCUAAGGUGCUUGUGUAGCUCAUCAGGUACUUGAGCUACCUGUGUGCCCCUUCGGAUGGAGAGCACUGGGCUCCGUCAUCGGGCCUCCUGAAUGGACACCUGCCACGGCACACCGUGUGGCUGUUGUGACAGGGUCAUGCUCCUUGGCCUUUUGUAGCCCAUUCAGUCCCAGUCCUGAAUUGAUGGACGCUGUGUGCCUGCUCUCUUAGCAAGCUUCAUUCCUGCCAGUCCGUGUGGGCAGAGGUCUGGGGGGGGGGGGGGGGUUCUUAUCAAUUAUGCUGUUAGAUACCACUAAACUAUUUUGUAUCCGAGAACUGUAUCUUUUUGUGAAUACUCUUGUGUAAAUAUACUCAGAGGCACUGUUCAUAUUUUUAGGGCUUAUAUUAUAAUCUGUAAGGUUUUAUGCUGGAUUCUGCAUGGCUAUUCUCACUCUUGGAAGAGAGACAAGACUUGCUUUUCUUUCCAAAUCUGAGCAGUCUUCAGAGAAGAGAACAGGUUUAUCGGCUCGGUCAUACAGUAACGGAAACGGUCACACUGAUCAUGAAAUCAAACAGGUUUUGUGCAAAUUAAUGUAGUUUCUUAUUUAUUGCUUUUGUAAAUUGAAUAAAAAUGGGACUUUCAUGUAAAUAGACUGCUGAAUCCUGUAUUAUCACGGCUACUAAAAAUUACUAUGUGAACAAUGCAUUCUUCAUUGUAACUUUUAAAAUAUUUUAUGUAUUUCUAGAUAGGACUUAAAUGUGAGUUUUCAUACAUUAUGAAAACCUACCUGCAUACUCCUGUCCUAAUUGCUUCAGACUAAACGCAUAUCCACGGUAUGUAGUUCGGUUACCUUCUGUCAGUAUUAAUUUAGAUAGCUUGUUUGUACUGUGCAAUUUGAACAAAGGAAUGCAAUGUUAUUUUUUACAAAAACAAACUUGUUUAUUUUUGUAAUAACGAUGUAUUUGAUGUGGACCAAAUUCAUACCACUAUGUAAAACAGCCUCCUUUCUCAUAGUGCAAUUACAGUUUAAAAAUAAAACUUGGUCCUCUAUCCUGGCUUUUUAAAGUAAAUGGCUGGAUACAGUUGUCCUGGCCAGGUUUCCUUCGAAGGGAAACUCAAAAGCAUUUUGAAAUUGUUAGUUCAGAAUUCAUCAAAGUGUUUUAAAUUAUUGAGUUUGGUAAUUUACUAUCAUUUACUUUUUACAUUACAAGUGCAGUAACGUCACGUCCCCAAACUCCUGAACGGGUGGGAUAUGUGAUUAUGGUACCUGCUCUUUCUGGUGCUACUUUAUUUAAGCCUUUGUUUUAAACCACCUUUCCUGAAUCUUAGGAUAGAACAAUAAUGUUUCCCCUGUGAGUACAUGCAGCCCAGCAAGAAACCAACCUGAAAUUUCUUCUCCUGUCCUAGUCCAUUAGGAGGAGAACUAGCAUUAUUUUUGUGUUUGGUGUGAAUAUGCGGUCAAUAAAAAUGAUUCACCGUUGUAAACAGCUGUGAUCCUCUCAAAUCUCUGAAUGUGCUGCUGGGUCCGUCCUGCACUCUUACAAGCAGGGCACCAGUAAGUGAACUGUACUCCUGUGGGGAACACCACCAAUGAAUCUGGUCUCCUAGACUUGCUUUUCCAUGUAAUAGGAAAUGGACGGCCCUAAGGCGGAACAAUUGGGAGGUUUACAGAAAUCUUCUCUGGGUAAUUUGUAAUAGACUUCACUUUUUUUUUUUUUUUAAUUCAUAUUUUUAUUUUGCCUUGUUUGGUUCACAUGUCAAUGUUUAAGCCAUAAUUUUAACCAAUGAAUUUCAGUAUUCAGUAGAACUAUUUGAAGUUUGAAUUAUUUGCUGAUACCAAAACAAGAAGUCAUUUGGGUGGGGGUAGAGUCAACGUUUGCUUGUAAUUAAAGUUGCUGCUACUUCUGUAAUGUGUACUUUUUUUUUUUUUACUUGGUAAAGGGCAAUAAAACCAUUACACGCA